CAGCUAGCACCAAUACCCCAAAUGGACCACGCAAUCCAAUAUGAUACUCUUUCUCUUGCAUUUUAUCUCCUUGUUAAUCAAAUGCAUUGUUGCGUGAUUUCAUACUUGGAGAAGAGGAGGAGAUGUCUAUUUAACCAAGUGUCUGCUACUACCUCUUUUACAGCUUAUUCAUCUCUAAAUUUCUUGGAUAAAAUCUUGUUAAGGGUAGUAACUAAAAUUUACAAACAUGUCAACAGCAACUUUUAUAGAUAUCAUCUUGGCAAUUAUCCUUCCUCCUCUUGGAGUUUUUCUCAAGUUCGGUUGUCAGGUGGAAUUCUGGAUCUGUCUAGUUCUUACAUUCCUAGGAUACUUACCUGGUAUCAUCUAUGCUAUCUUUGUCAUCACAAAAUGAUGACGACGAUGAUGCCUCCUUCCGACACCAUCCAGUUAAUUUAGUUCAGUAUUCCGGUAUGCAGUUCUGAAAAAAAAGGAAAUUAGUCGUGAAUCAGUAUUAAUUAUAAUUCUUGGUGAUCAUGUAUCCAUUUGGUGUCUAUACCUGCGUGUGCGCUCGAUGACUCUUUUGUGUGGUAGUUAAUUAGGUGUGUUCAAUUUCUUUGUAAUUAGUAUAACUUAUACAGCCCCAUAAGAAGGGAUGUUCAUGUUUGUUCCUCAUAUUGGGUUUGAAUUUCAAUAAACCGACUUCGAAAUUAUUUCACCCGUCCAUAUUUUCAUUUA